AACAACUACACGCACGCCAAAAGCCGAACGCCAGCAACCCCCCUAUCGACACUAUACGGACUUGGGCCGGUGCAAGCCUUGCGAAUAAGGAUAGGGCGCAUUGUAGAGAGCCAUCUAACGGCGAGCGACGCUGGGUCCUACGGCCCCGUGGGCGGCAAGAACCGUCACCUUUCAUCACCUGCGGGCGCCAGUCGGUGGUCAGAGUCGCCAUCUUCGCAACCCGUCGCAAGCAUCAACAGCCGUUGCAACUGACGGCGCCCAUAAGGGGUCGUGUCCUUUAUCACUGCCGCGACCAUGUCUAACCAAGCGAUUGGCAGCGUGUACGCCACCAUCAUCGACCGCAUCAUCGCAGAGUCCAAGGAUGACUUUGAGGCCGCCGGGCUGGAUCAGGAGACGCUGCAAGAGCUGAAGCAGACGUGGCAGAAGAACAUUUCCAAGCUUGGGAUCGCCCAAUGCCCGUGGGACCCAGCUCCCCCCCCUCAGCAGAUCGCCAAUCCUCCUACAGUGCCCUCAAAUGUGAAGCCGGAGCAGCCCAACAGCAGCGCGCCUGUUCAGCGCUCGGCUCAGCCCACUGAGGGUACUCCAAUCAAGCAGGAACAAGGUGUGCAGUUCGAGGGAAAUCAGAGCUACCAGCAACAGCCGCCCUACAGUAGCCUCAAUCCUCAGUACGCACAGCAGCGUGCCGAUGCCAUGUUGAGGCAGCAGUUUGGCAGCCAGGCCAAUGCUUCGAUCCAAGCUGGCCAGGCUCGCCAGAUGCAAAUGGCUGGCGGCCAGCAGCGACCUACACACAUCCAGCUGCCGCCACGUCCCGGACAGGCGCAGUUCCCUCAGCAGCAGCCUCCCUUGAGCACUGCUCAAACGGAUGGUGCUGGCGAUGACGCUCUCGCAGAUUGGAAAGCGGCUGUAGCUGAGCGCCAUGCCUUUAGUGAACAAGACCGGGCUGCGGCUGAUCACCAGCUGCGCGACUAUCUUCAACAGUCAGUAGCGCUUGAGGAGAGCGGGCUACUACUUCCCGCGUCAGAGCAAUCUCGAAGGAGCAAAAAGCACUCCAACGCUUCUUCGGCGUUGCGCGUUGCGCCGAGGAUCUCCAUUCCUCCUAGCCUAGGGCGCUUCGAUGGCCCUGAUGACGAGGAUAGCAAAGAUGACAUCAGACGGCAAAUAGAUGCCGACGAAGAUGCGAUCAACUCCGACCUUGAUGAUUCGGACGACGAACUGGACAACGUGGAUGAUGAAGAGGGAGCGGAGGGGCCAAUGGGUGAAACCAUCCUGUGUACGUACGACAAGGUGCAGCGCGUAAAGAACAAGUGGAAGUGCACCCUCAAAGACGGCAUCCUGACCACGGGAAAAAAGGAGUACGUCUUCCACAAGGCGCAGGGUGAGUUUGAGUGGUGACGGCCGCAUCAUUGCGUUCAUCCACAUAUUCAGGGGCCGUCAAGGCGUUGUCCUGAAAGGCUGUGGUUAAUUUCGCUACUUGUAACCGUCUCCGAACCUAACCCUCAGGAUCUGCACUUCAGUCUUGCCCUGCACAUCGAAAUCGUUUCCCGUCUUUCCUCCAUCUUUCUACCCUGGAAAUUUCUGUACGAUUACGAGAAUGAGUCCGUCUAGUUUUAUGAGCAGGGAAGGGUCCUCCAAGUAACCGAUCCGACCAAGACGGAUUGAAAAAAAAAAUUGGCUUUUCGGCAAGGACCGGGAUGGCAGGCAAAAACGUUUUAUAUAUGAAGCAGCACGUCAUGCGCACAAAGUAAUUCAAUAUAGUCACAUGCAACAGUUUGCGAUCACAAUAGCGCUAUGGGAAUCGAGAAGAAGUACAUCGCUUCAUCGUUUCCUUUUUUUGGCUUGACGAAACACCUCAGCCACUGCUGCUUUGGAUGGUUUCCAAGAUUCCAAAUUGUUUCGUCCCGCGACCACACGCAGAGGUGUACAGAAGGUAUGCAAUCGAUGAUAGACAGCAUCAGCUCAUAUAUAUAUAUACUGCAAAAUGCGAGGCGCCUUUUUUUUCUUUCUU